AUGAGCUCUCUCUACCAGCCUGUUUCAGAGGGUGAUAGUGGUGUAGGCAUCCUCAUUGGCUAUAGUUUUGAUGAAGACUGUGAAAUGUAUCCUCCCUUUAUGCCUCAGCUAAAGGGGUUAAAAGGACUGAAUUUACCUGUUGCAUCUUACCCACUGACUACUAAGGCAAGGCUCCAAGUAAUCGAAGGCUCCACAGGGAGAAAUUGGUCUGUAGAUGAUUCCUUUUGGUGGUUCCCUGGCACAAGAGACAGCUCUGCAGCUCCUUUGAGAAGACCACCAACCCUGUCCUCCAACAGCCCUGGGCAGAGCCCAGAAACUCAUGGAAAUGGCUUAAGUGAGUUGACCUGUAAUGAGAAGACUUGUGAGGAGGUGAACCACACCUUGCAAUCUGAAGCAGCUCUUCAGUCCCUUUUGGCUUGUCAGAGCUUUCCAAUGUCCUGCUGCGAGACUGAAAAUCCCCUCUACAAAUUUCUGAUCUUCAUGUUUGCAUAUGUAGCCAGUGGUAAGCACACCUUAAUAAUUUCUAAACAGAUCAAGCUGCUUGUUUCUGUGCUUGUUUUCCAGUCCAUUAAUCAUUCUCAUAGCUCUUCUCUAAACUACCUCUUUACUAACACUCUCAUCAGUAGGGCACCACCCUGCAAUACCACGCUAUAG